UUAAUCCUAUAAAUUAUAAUUUAGCUAAAGAAAAACAACAUUUUACUUAUGAUAUAUGGAUACGAAUGAUUAAAGAUAUGGAAGAUGAUGAUGAUAUUGAAGAUUUUGAGGAUAACAAACAUUGGGAUAUAUCUAUACAAUUUCUUCAACGAAACAACCCGCCUUUUGAUUGGAGCAUAUUACCAGCUAAUUAUCAACAAAUGACACAAUUGUAUCGUCAAACAUUAUAUUAUAAGAAAAUGUUAGAAAGAGUUCCCGCAAAUCCACAAAUAACUUACGAAUAUACUCAAACUAUAUUAGUAGUCAAUAAAAUUAGACCAAACAUAGAAGAAGAUAUAAUAGUAUCAAGAUUAAAUCAAGUUAAAUGGAUUAAAACAGAAGAAUAUUUAGCAAUGUUAUUUGCAGAAUGGAUUAAAAUUAAUGUAGUGUCGGGAACAGAUUUACCACCUGGUAUUCCAGAUGCUAUUGCUGGAGCUC